CCAUGCCGUUCGUCUCUUCGUACGUAUAUAAAGUCAAGUCACACGAGUGAUAUCUGUACAAUUAUAUACGUCAGAUUGCGAAUAACACGUGUUAGCAAUGAAACUCGCAGUGUUAUGCUUGUUGGCCAUUAUUUCUGUUGUUUACGCGGAGGAAUACACUAAUAAAUUUGACAACAUAGAUAUAGAUGCAGUUCUUAAGAAUGAACGACUGUUGAAGCGAUAUAUCGAUUGUUUGCUAGAUAAACCCGACGUUAGAUGCCCUCCUGAAGCUAUUGAAUUGAAGAAACACAUAAACGAGGCGCUAGAAAAUGAAUGUGCAAAAUGUACGGAACGUCAGAAAGAGAUAGUAAGGAAGGUGAUAAAAUAUCUAGUGCAAAAUAAGAGAGAUUGGUGGAAUCUAUUGAAGGCGAAAUACGACCCGGAAGAGAAAUACGCGAAGAAAUAUGAGGAAAUGGCCAACAAUGAAGGCGUCCAGAUUGAGUGUCUUCUGACUAAAUCGAGUGCUUCAAAGAAGAGUCUGUCCAUCAGUAUAAACGUCGUUAUGCUGAUCAGCUCGAGAAUCAACUUCACCGUUUGUCCUGUCAGAUGCACCCGCUCGGCUUGGCCUGGCCGCAGGCUGUAUGGAUUCACGAAUUUCAAUCUCUCGAUCUUCUUUAGGGGCAGCAGGGUCAAACUACCGCGAGCCUUCCGUCUUGCAUCGAUCUUCCGGAAGAGCAACGCAUCGAUCUUAUCCGAUACGAUGAGAUACCUAGUCAACGUCUUUAUCAUCGUGUGUGUCCUUUCGUCCUCUUCCGUUCUUGCUGAAGAGAUGUACACCACGAAAUUCGACAAUGUAGACGUGGACGCGAUAUUAAACAACGACAGGCUGUUAAACGGAUACGUGGGUUGCCUGCUUGAUAAGAAUCCCUGCACCCCAGACGCAGCGGAACUCAAAAAGAAUCUGCCGGAUGCGUUGGAGCACGAUUGCGCCGGUUGUAGUGAGUCACAAAAGAACAUGGCCGACAAGAUCUCUCAUCAUCUAAUCGACAAUAAACCGGACGAGUGGAAAUUAUUGGAGGACAAAUAUGAUCCUACCGGAGCAUACCGACGGCGUUACCUGGAGAACAAAUCCGGAGACGGCGGAGGCAGACUUGAUUAAGAUCAUUUUCCACGC